CCUAUUUUCCACCUACUAAAACACUCCCUCCUCCAAAAGAGACGGACAGACCUCCCCUUCCAAAAACCCUAGCAGUCUUCUCUUUCUCUUUUCUAAACAGCUCUACACUGCUCUUUCUCACUUCACUCCCAUCCAAACACGAAUAUUCCUCUCUCAUACACACUAACUCACACAUUUAGAAACUAGAGAAAGGGGAUGGAAAUUUGAAUUAAAAAUUCCGGAUCUGAAGAAAAGAAAAAAAGGGGUUUGAAGAAUUCAUUCUGAUUUCUGCUAAGCUGUUUUAGUAGUUUUCUGGGCUCCCAAGAAGUUUUUGAAUUCGAAGUUGAAGCUGUGUGUUGAUUUCUGCUGUUGAAUUGACCGUUUAGUGGCUGAACUCAUACCUUUAUUUUGGUCCAUUUCUUCUGCUGUUGUUCUGCCUUUUAGUGUUGUUCGAAGUCUAAGCUGCUGAUUUUCGCUGAAGUUGGGCUCCAAUUCGAAGCAUCUCCCAUUUAUCUGGCUUUCGGUCCAGUUUGCUUUUUUGUUUUUGCUUCAAACAGGGUACUAGGCUAGGGUCCUGUAAUGCGUGCCGAACAGCCAAAAGACUCAAUGAAAGAGAUGGACUGGAAAACUCUGGGUGGAACAGAAAGUAAUGAAUCUGGUAUUGUACCAGCUGUGAAGAAACGGCUACCUAAAAAAAUUCGACAAGUUCCUGAGUAUUAUUUUCUUCCACGAAGAUCCUUACCAUACAACAUCGCCUUUUACGGGUCAUUUAUUGCUGCUGGUGUUGGUGCAGGAAUGCUGCUUGAAGUAUGGAUCAACAAGAAGAUAAAAGAGGAUGGAGGAGUCAUUUGGGAGUUUGACAAAUGAAUGCUGGAUUUUUUCUCAGCAGUUUCUACUAUUAACGUUUCAAAUGCUCUUUCGUCCUAAGGGGUAAACGUGGUUCGGACAGCUGAAUUUUGAAUCCAUUAGCACAUGAUUAUUAAUCUUUCUUUUGCAUCCAAACCAAUUUUGUAACAAUAUAUUUCAGGAGAGAUGAUGAGCUUAAUUGAAGCAAGCACGUUCAGUGAAGAAGCUUAGUAUUGUUGUGUAUUUCAGGGGAAUUGUGUCGGAAUUUGCAAAUUCUACUGAAACAUUAAGUUAUAUAACGCCAUAAUGGCUUAAUAUUUGAAAAUAGAGACAUCAGGCAAAUGGCCAUGUUAUUUGUACAUUAUAUCCCUUUACAAUUUUAACGGAAAAGGGUCAUAUUUACUCAUA